AGAAAACAGGGGGUGUUUAUGUAAAUUAAUAUAUCUAAACAUUUGUUUAUAAAUAAAAAAGCAUCAGCUAGGGUUUUAGCCAUUUAGGAGGUUAGCAGCAGCCAGCCACAGCAUUCGCCGCACGGCAUCAGUCUCAGCAGGCGGGGAAGAAUGUCUCACAGGAAGUUUGAACACCCAAGGCAUGGCUCCCUUGGAUUUCUUCCGAGGAAGCGAGCUUCUCGUCACAGAGGGAAAGUGAAGGCUUUUCCUAAGGAUGACCCAAGCAAACCUUGCAAGCUCACUGCCUUUUUGGGCUACAAGGCAGGCAUGACACACAUUGUCCGAGAGGUCGAAAAACCUGGAUCUAAGCUUCACAAGAAAGAGACAUGUGAAGCUGUUACGAUCGUUGAAACCCCUCCUAUGGUGAUUGUUGGGGUUGUUGGUUAUGUCAAGACACCACGUGGUCUUCGCAGCUUGAACACCGUUUGGGCUCAGCAUCUGAGUGAGGAAGUCAAACGUAGGUUCUACAAGCAUUGGUGCAAGUCCAAGAAGAAGGCUUUCACCAAGUACUCAAAGCGGUACGAGAGUGAAGAAGGGAAGAAGAGUAUCGAGGCUCAGCUGGAAAAGAUCAAGAAAUAUGCCACUGUUGUUAGGGUUUUGGCCCACACACAGAUCAGGAAAAUGAAGGGAUUGAAGCAGAAGAAAGCACACCUAAUGGAGAUCCAAGUUAAUGGUGGAACUAUUGCAGACAAGGUUGAUUUUGCUUACAAGUUCUUUGAGAAGCAAGUUCCGAUCGAUGCUGUUUUCCAGAAGGAUGAAAUGAUUGAUAUCAUCGGUGUCACUAAGGGUAAAGGUUAUGAAGGUGUUGUGACUCGUUGGGGUGUCACACGUCUGCCCCGUAAGACCCACAGAGGUUUGCGUAAGGUUGCUUGUAUCGGUGCCUGGCAUCCUGCUAGAGUCUCCUUUACAGUUGCUAGGGCAGGUCAGAAUGGAUACCAUCAUCGUACUGAGAUGAACAAGAAGGUUUACCGGGUUGGCAAGGUUGGUGACGAGACCCACUCUGCUAUUACCGACUAUGACAGGACUGAGAAAGAUAUCACUCCAAUUGGUGGCUUCCCUCACUAUGGUGUUGUGAAGAGUGAUUAUCUGAUGAUCAAAGGUGGCUGUGUUGGACCUAAGAAGAGGGUGGUUACACUCCGCCAGUCUUUGAUUAACCAGACAUCUCGUGUAGCUCUAGAGGAAAUCAAGCUGAAGUUCAUCGACACCUCAUCAAAAUUCGGGCACGGACGUUUCCAGACUACACAGGAAAAACAGAAAUUCUAUGGUCGGCUCAAGGCAUAAAUCUGCAAAUUGGUCAGGAAUUUCCGGCUAUCGUAUGUUUAGGUUUUGUUAUUCUCUGAGCUUAGUUUAUGUUGAUUCUCUAUUAUGUUUUGAAAUGCAUUGGUUGGAUUAAUUUUGUUUUAUCAACUCUUUUUGAAUGUGUGGACAACUGGGGUUUUGGUCCAGUUAGAAAACCAAUUAUACCCAAUGUUUUACUUUUUAACAGAUUUUUCCUUUCGAUUUGAUUAA